AUGCGUCUCUCAAAGCUCUCGUUCCUCGUCCAGGCUCUGCUCCUGGCCGCUGUUGCGGCUCAAAGCGCGGACGCUACCAACGUCCUCAGCGAUAUCACCAGCGGAUCUUCAUCCACCAGCAGCUCAUCCUCUGAGCCUACCUCUGCUCCUUCCAGCACCUCUUCCACCACAUCAUCAACUUCCUCGACCACCGAGCCUCCCAGCACCACCUCCACCACGCACACGACUUCCACCACUUCCUCUACUUCCGAGGCCCCAUCCACGACCUCCUCCACUUCUUCGACUACCUCAUCUAAGGAUUCCUCCACCACCAGUGUUGCCGACAAGACUACCGCAGCGGAUACGGCUUCAACUACCCAGAGUAAUGUGGUCAAGACCAUCACCUCCGAGGUGACCAUCAGCGGUACCACCAAGGCCACUGUCAUGGUCACCACUUCCCCGGCUUCUCAGACCACCUCUCCUUCUCUCAACGGCAACAACAGCUCCUCCAGCAGUGGUAUUUCUUCCUCGGAUAAGAAGAUCAUCAUCGGUGUCGUGGUCGGUGUCGGUGGUGCCAUCCUGAUCGGUGUUCUGGGUGUCGUCUUCUGGCGCAUCCAGAAGAAGCGCAACGAGGCUUACAACGAUGAAGAUGAUGAUCUGAUGGGCGGUACCGCCGUCGGCAGCGGCCCUCGUGAGAAGGCCCCUAGCCCGUCCCAGGGCGGUACCCCCUUCAAGAACACACUUGACCAGUACCACAACCCGGGUCCUGUUAACGCUGCAUCCAACUUCUAA